AAAAAGAUAAAACAUAUUGGAACUGUAUUAUACGAGAAAUUACUGAAGAAUUGAAAUUUAAAAUGAAACCCGAACGAUUACAGUUCAUCAAAACACACAGAUACCUUUCCCAUAAUAGAUCUGGAACUCAACCAGCAAUAACCAGCGAUAAUGAUUAUACAAAAUCACCAUAUUACGUUGAAAUAGCAAU